AUGGCACAGGCUAGGGAAGAAGCAGGCGACAGCCACCUGGUGUCUGGUCGAGAGCCAUCGCGUAUCAUCAGAGUGUCUGUCAAGACCCCGCAGGACUGUCAGGAAUUUAUGCUGGCAGAAAAUAGCAGUGUCCGUCACUUUAAGAAACAGAUCUCCAAGCGCCUUCACUGUAACAUUGACCGGCUGGUGCUCAUCUUCACUGGAAAGAUCCUCCGGGAUCAAGAUAUUCUGAGCCAACGUGGCAUCCUUGAUGGAACUACAGUCCACUUGGUGGUGAGGACCCGUCUGAAAGGAACUCUGUCCAGUCCAGGAACUCUGCCAGACCCCACCGGCAACUGUACCCGUGGUUCUGAACCCUCCACCUCAGAGAGUGCUGGAAUGGUGGCCAGGCUGCUCUGGCUAGCCCGGAGCUCACCUGAUCUGGCUGACUUCUUUGGCCAGCUGGCUCAACUCCUGUUGGCUGCGCCUGAGCCUGUGGUGCAGUUCUUGGAAGACCCUCUGGUUCAAGGCCUGGCAAGUGAGAAACCAGCCAAUACUAGCCAUGUUCCUGAAUCCUCAAGGCCAGUACAGAAACCCGAGCCAGCUCUAGACAAGCAAGGGCUAGAGGCCUUGAAGGCAGUGUCAGGUGGUGAUAAUGCUAUGCGUCCCGUCUACUCUGACAUCCAGCAGCUCAUGCUCUUCACUCUGGCCCCAUUGGUUGCUUCCAGAGGCCAAAACCCAGGUCCAGGGCUUUGCAGAGGGGAGGCCAAUGCUCACAGCAGUACUGACACCACCACUGCCUCUGCGCCUGCCAGGCCAUUGGCACAGGAGGUCAGUGCAGGAGCAGUUGCCCAGGCCAGGGGCAUGGUCUCCACCCAGGCCAAUUCAGGGUAUAGGGCCGGUAUGCAGGACUCAUACUCAGGCCAUGAUAUUUCCUCCCAGGAUGGCCAGCAGCCCACAGGGAAAGCCACUCUAACCAGUCAGCUGAGACCCUCACCCUCUGUUUUGCGUAGAGCCAUGCAUGUCCUUCAACAAAAUCCAGCUCUGCUACGCCAGCUGGCCACUGGCAGCCCCCUGCGACAUCAUAUACCACUACUUCCCAUCCUCACCAACCCACGAGCACUGCAAGCAUUGAUACAGAUAGAAAAGGGCCUGCAGAUACUGUCUAGGGAGGUGCCCAGUCUGGGCCCUGGUAGACCCCAUGGGACUACAGGAGCCCCUGAAAUGAAGGGUGCAGGACAGGGUCACAGAACAGACCCUGUGCAACCCACUAUGGCUGUUCUCCAGCUUCUCCAUGCACUGGCCAAUGCCUGCUCCCAAUCUACCCAAUCCUCACAAUCCUCAACCCUCCCCACUGAAAGCAGGUACCAGCAAGAACUGGAGCAUCUGAAGGCCAUGGGCUUUGCUAAUCGUGAUGCCAACCUGCAGGCCCUGAUGGCCACAGAUGGAGACAUCCAUGCUGCCAUUGAGAGGCUGCUGGGGGAACCAGAGGUCUAG